UCGCCGGGGUUUUUUCGCCUCUGGCUGUUGUGACCGCGGGCUCUCUGGUGACCCGUCGUCCAGCGCAGGCCGCCGCGGAGCCGUCUGGCACAGGCCCCCGAGCCCCACAGUCCCUGUCGUUGGCUGUCAGUCGGCAGGCCUGGCUGCUCCCGCGCGAGGAGAACAUCUCCUCGGGGCCAUGUCCAGGCCGAGCAGCGUCUCCCCACGGCCGCCGGCUCCCGGCGGUGGCGGCGGCGGCGGGAGCGGAGGCGGAGGGGGUGGCCCGGCGCAGUGCGGCCCUGGGGGCGGCGGCCGGGCUAAGGGGCUGAAAGACAUUCGUAUUGACGAGGAGGUGAAAAUCGCAGUCAAUAUCGCGCUGGAGCGCUUCCGGUACGGGGAGCAGAGAGAAAUGGAGUUUCCAUCUUCUUUGACCAGCACUGAAAGAGCCUUUAUUCAUCGAUUGAGCCAGUCUCUUGGUUUGGUCUCUAAAAGUAAAGGAAAGGGAGCAAAUAGAUACCUAACUGUGAAGAAGAAAGAUGGAUCAGAAACAGCUCAUGCAAUGAUGACCUGUAAUUUGACUCAUAAUACAAAACAUGCUAUUAGGAGCCUAAUUCAAAGAUUUCCUGUCACCAAUAAAGAGCGUACUGAACUUCUGCCUAAGACAGAAAGAGGAAAUGUGUUUGCAGUUGAAGCUGAGAACCGGGAAAUGAGCAAGACAAGUGGGAGACUCAACAAUGGCAUACCUCAGAUUCCAGUGAAAAGAGGAGAAUCUGAAUUUGAUUCAUUUAGGCAGUCUUUACCAGUGUUUGAGAAACAAGAAGAAAUUGUUAAAAUAAUAAAGGAAAAUAAAGUAGUUUUGAUUGUAGGAGAAACUGGAUCUGGAAAGACCACACAGAUUCCUCAGUUCCUUUUAGAUGAUUGCUUUAAAAAUGGCAUCCCCUGCCGUAUAUUUUGUACUCAACCAAGACGAUUAGCAGCAAUUGCUGUGGCUGAAAGAGUUGCUGCAGAGAGAAGGGAAAGGAUCGGUCAAACAAUUGGUUAUCAGAUUCGAUUAGAAAGCAGGGUUUCUCCAAAGACACUUCUGACAUUUUGCACUAAUGGGGUAUUACUUCGUACAUUGAUGGCAGGUGAUAGCACCUUGUCAACUGUGACACAUGUUAUUGUGGAUGAAGUACAUGAAAGGGAUCGAUUUAGUGAUUUUUUACUUACAAAGUUAAGAGAUUUGUUGCAAAAGCACCCAACUUUGAAACUAAUUCUUUCUAGUGCUGCCUUGGAUGUAAAUCUUUUUAUAAGAUAUUUUGGAAGUUGUCCAGUGAUAUAUAUACAAGGAAGACCAUUUGAAGUAAAAGAAAUGUUUCUGGAAGAUAUUUUAAGAACUACUGGAUAUACAAACAAAGAAAUGUUAAAGUACAAAAAGGAAAAACAGCGAGAAGAGAAACAACAAACCACACUUACAGAAUGGUACUCAGCUCAAGAGAAUACGUUCAAGCCUGAAUCUCAGAGGCAGAGAACUGUUCCAAAUGUGACUGAAGAGUAUGAUUUAUUGGAUGAUGGUGGUGAUGCUGUCUUCAGUCAGUUGACAGAAAAAGAUGUGAAUUGCCUGGAACCAUGGUUAAUAAAGGAAAUGGAUGCUUGUCUUUCUGACAUAUGGCUACAUAAAGAUGUUGAUGCCUUUGCUCAGGUUUUUCACCUUAUUUUAACUGAAAAUGUUAGUGUUGAUUACCGACAUAGUGAAACCAGUGCAACAGCUCUGAUGGUUGCUGCAGGACGAGGUUUUGCAAGUCAAGUAGAGCAGUUAAUUAGUAUGGGAGCCAAUGUCCAUAGUAAAGCAUCAAAUGGCUGGAUGGCAUUAGAUUGGGCUAAACACUUUGGGCAGACUGAAAUUGUGGAUCUUCUUGAAUCUUACAGUGCUUCACUGGAAUUCGGAAAUCUAGAUGAAAGUUCUCUGGUUCAAACAAAUGGGAGUGACCUCAGUGCUGAAGAUAGAGAGCUCCUGAAAGCUUAUCAUCAUAGUUUUGAUGAUGAAAAAGUAGACUUGGAUUUGAUCAUGCAUCUUCUAUACAAUAUCUGCCAUAGCUGUGAUGCUGGUGCAAUAUUAAUUUUCCUACCUGGAUAUGAUGAAAUUGUUGGACUGAGGGAUCGCAUCCUGUUUGAUGACAAGCGGUUUGCUGAUAAUACUCACAGAUAUCAAGUCUUCAUGCUUCAUUCAAAUAUGCAAACAUCCGAUCAAAAGAAGGUAUUAAAAAACCCACCUGCAGGUGUUCGAAAAAUAAUCCUUUCCACCAAUAUUGCUGAAACCAGCAUCACAGUCAAUGAUGUUGUCUUUGUUAUUGAUUCUGGUAAGGUAAAAGAGAAAUCCUUUGAUGCAUUGAAUUUUGUUACAAUGUUAAAAAUGGUCUGGAUUUCUAAAGCUAGUGCCAUACAGCGAAAAGGCAGGGCAGGGCGAUGUAGACCUGGAAUUUGUUUCCGUCUGUUCAGUAGACUCCGAUUCCAGAAUAUGUUGGAAUUUCAAACUCCAGAACUUUUGAGAAUGCCAUUACAGGAACUUUGUUUACAUACCAAGCUGCUUGCCCCAGUUAAUUGUCCCAUUGCUGAUUUCCUUAUGAAAGCACCUGAACCUCCACCAGCUUUGAUUGUAAGAAAUGCUGUACAAAUGCUUAAGACUAUAGAUGCAAUGGAUGCAUGGGAAGAUCUGACUGAACUUGGGUAUCAUUUAGCCGACCUGCCAGUAGAACCACAUCUUGGUAAAAUGGUUCUCUGUGCUGUUGUUUUAAAGUGUCUGGACCCCAUCCUUACGAUUGCUUGCACACUAGCUUAUCGAGAUCCUUUUGUACUGCCUACUCAGGCCUCUCAAAAACGUGCAGCUAUGCUUUGUAGAAAACGUUUUACUGCAGGAACUUUCAGUGACCAUAUGGCACUUCUCAGAGCAUUCCAGGCAUGGCAGAAAGCACGAAGUGAUGGGUGGGAGCGAGCCUUUUGUGAAAAGAAUUUUCUUUCACAAGCUACCAUGGAAAUAAUCAUAGGCAUGAGAACACAGUUGCUUGGUCAACUUAGAGCAUCAGGUUUUGUUAGAGCACGAGGUGGUGGUGACAUUCGUGAUGUUAACACAAACUCUGAGAACUGGGCUGUUGUAAAAGCUGCCCUGGUGGCAGGCAUGUAUCCUAAUUUAGUCCAUGUGGACAGAGAGAAUGUUGUAUUGACAGGACCAAAGGAGAAAAAAGUACGAUUUCAUCCCACUUCAGUUCUCAGUCAGCCUCAAUAUAAAAAGAUUCCUCCAGCCAAUGGUCAAGUUGCAGCAAUUCAGGCACUGCCCACAGAUUGGCUUAUUUAUGAUGAAAUGACCAGAGCUCAUAGAAUAGCUAACAUUAGAUGUUGUUCAGCAGUAACACCUGUCACUGUAUUGGUAUUCUGUGGACCAGCUAGGUUGGCAAGUAAUGCUCUUCAGGAACCUUCAUCCUUUAGAGUGGAUGGCAUUCCCAAUGACAGUAGUGAUAGUGAAAUGGAGGACAGAACUACUGCUAAUUUGGCAGCCUUGAAACUUGAUGAGUGGCUCAAUUUCAAACUAGAGCCAGAGGCAGCCAGUUUAUUGCUACAACUCAGACAGAAGUGGCAUAGCUUAUUUUUACGCCGAAUGAGAGCACCAUCUAAACCGUGGUCUCAAGUUGAUGAAGCUACCAUAAGAGCAAUUAUAGCUGUUUUAAGUACUGAAGAACAGUCUGCAGGUUUACAGCAACCAUCUGGGAUUGGCCAAAGGCCAAGGCCUAUGUCUUCAGAAGAACUUCCUUUGGCAUCAUCUUGGAGGUCAAAUAAUAGUAGGAAAAGUUCAGCAGAUACUGAAUUUUCUGAUGAGUCCACUGCUGCAGAAAGAGUAUUGAUGAAAUCUCCAUCUCCAGCAUUACACCCACCUCAGAAGUACAAAGACAGGGGGAUUUUACAUCCUAAACGAAGCACUGAUGAUCGAUCAGAUCAGUCUUCUGUGAAAUCUACAGACAGUAGUAGUUACCCAAGUCCUUGUGCUAGUCCUUCUCCUCCAUCCUCAGGAAAGGGCUCAAAAUCUCCUUCACCAAGACCAAACAUGCCUAUUCGAUACUUUAUAAUGAAGAGUAGCAAUUUGAGAAACCUUGAAAUUUCUCAGCAGAAGGGUAUCUGGUCUACAACCCCUAGUAAUGAGCGGAAGCUAAAUCGAGCCUUUUGGGAAAGCAGCAUGGUUUACUUGGUAUUUUCUGUUCAAGGAUCUGGACAUUUCCAGGGAUUUUCUAGGAUGUGUUCUGAGAUAGGAAGAGAGAAGAGCCAGGAAUGGGGCUCAGCUGGCCUAGGAGGAGUAUUUAAGGUAGAGUGGAUACGGAAAGAGAGUCUUCCCUUUCAGUUUGCACACCAUUUACUCAAUCCAUGGAAUGACAACAAGAAAGUACAGAUAAGCCGAGAUGGGCAGGAACUAGAACCUCAGGUUGGUGAACAGUUGCUCCAGUUAUGGGAACGCCUUCCACUGGGAGAAAAAACAACAACUGAUUAAUACUCAGGUUAUACUAUACUUUCAUUUGAAUACUGGCAGCAUUUGUGAUCAUUAUAACUUUUAGAUUAUUCAUCUUAUCUUCACUUCUUUUUUAAUCCUCCAGAACUUCUUAGUGGUGAAAUAACAUCCUGACUAUUUAUAACCACUGAAUGCACUGACUUCCAAAAACAGUCGGGGCUGUGUGUUACGAUCAGGCCUUUCUGGUUUAGAGUGUUACUUCAGAACCCCCAUCUUCAUAUCUUCAUACACAAGCAAAAAAGAUCAUUUAUAGUGAUCAUAGGGACUAAUUAUGUAAUGUUUGUAAUGAAUAAAUAUAGUAGUAGUAGUUUCAUUAUUUAACACAAUAGCAGUUAUUUUAAACAAAUUUAAUUUGAUGUUAAGCAUUUCAUUUCUAUAAAAAAUUGAAUAGCCAAGCCAGGCAUGGUAGUAUGCACCUAUAGUCCCAGCUACUUUAGAGGCAGAGGUCGGAGGAUCCCUUAAACCCAGGAAUUCAAGUCCAAUUUGGGCAACAUGUAUAAAUAAAACAAACAAACAAACAAACAAAAGAAACCUCACUGAGUUACAACUUUUAUUGAUGACUUGUGAAGUUUUAAUGUAAAGAGGCCUGAAAACCUCUAAAUACAAUUUUAAUAGUUACCAUUAAAAAAAAAAGAAAAACACAACCAACCAAAGUCUAAAAAUGUCCCUUUUAAAUAUAUAUAUGCUUUUUAAGGGGUAUUCUUUCUGCCAUUUUUAACCUGAGUCACAUUAAGAAAAAAAAGGAGGGAUGUUCUUUUUCUGUGAUGAUGAAAUACAGUAUAAAAUCUGAAGAAUGGCACAGAAUUCCUCCUUGCCUUUGGUCAGGUCAGAUUAAGUACUUAGUUUUAUUUCUACUUCUGCCUUUUAACCCGAUGUAUACCAUACUCCUUCCUCCCAUUUAACAACCUUCACACAUCUGUCAUUUGAGCACAGUAAUUGUGACCUUUUGUUUCGGCUACAGAAACUUGAUUUAGACAGGUUAACAAUUUAAACAAGUUAAUGUAAAUUUUAAAAAUACUCCUCAGUUGCUGGUAGGUUGAUUGCUAGAUGUCUUCCAAACUGAAGCCCAGAAGCACCACAAUUCAAAAUGUCUUCUUCCAUAUACUUUUCUUUGGUAUGUUUUCUCUGACUUACAUUUUCAGAUACGAUUUUCCUUUUUUGAAUAUAUGAUUUAAUAAAUGGGGGUUGAUUUUUUUGAUAAACCUGUGCUAGUGCCAAGUCUCAUAUUUCUUUGCCAACUCUGAAAUACUUGAUCUCUUUACUACCACUCGCUAUGAACUUGAAGAGACUUUUUGAAGGGAAAAAUGGAAGUAUAGGAAAGAAUGAGAGGAAUGUCUUGGUUACUGAGCUCUAAAUAGAACAGGUUUGGUAGCAUUUCUCAUAAUACAUUUCAGUUGUUGCUAUUAAUAAAACCCCUAAACAUGACUGAAUUAAACACAAAAAGGAACCUAAGUCCUCUGCUUCUGUAUUUGAGAACAAAGACGUGAAAAUCAUGGGUCAACGGAAAAAUCUUGAGAACCCUUCUUUUUCUCUGGGAUAACAUUAUAUAUUGGUGCAUUAGUCUAGAAUGUAAGGUGUGAUUUUUGCCUGUAUUUGUAGUUAAUUUUUUUGUACUUUGAGACAUACCUGUAAAUUGAGCCGAUGUGAAUUAUGUUCCACUGUAUGUGUAUUGUAGUUCUUUCCUAUUAGGGCACCUUGUGUUUUCCUGAUAACGCAUACAUUUUUAGUAUGUAUUUAGUAGUUCACAGUGUUCUAAAUUGGGAGGGACUUUUAAAAAAUAAAACUUGUUUUAAUUUCCAUCUGUUUUGUAAUAUCUAUCCCUGUAUGUAAAUGAUGGGUUUGUUGAUAUUUAAAAUGAAUACAAUUUGAAUGUAAUUAAAAUGCUGUUUUUGGAAGAGAUGAACUUUAAAUAUACUUAUUAAAUGAAAUUCUGUUAAAUUAUU